ACUUAUCUUCUUCCUCGUUUUAUAUGACACUCUCGAAGGAAACAAUUGAAGUAAAGAGAGGUUCGGUUUUGUGUUUCCCACCGGAAAAAAAAACCCGAAGGUUUGACGAUGAACCCGAAUCUGAUAACCCGUAACCCAAUUCGGAUCCUGGAUCAACCGGUUCACCACUCUCUCCUCUAUCUCCGAGCUGUCUUUCUCUUCAUCCCGACUUAAAAGAUCCGUACUUUUUUUUUUUUGAAACUUUCCGACCAAACUAAAAGUAAACACAUACUUGUCUUUUUUUUUCUUGUUCUGUCGCGAAAUGCCGCUGUCUCCAUCCAUUCUAUCCGUUCUGUCGGAAGAUCUUCUAGUUCGUGUCUACGGGUUCCUAGACCCGCCCUGUCGGAAAAAAUGGCGACUCGUCAGCAAAGAGUUUCACCGAGUCGACUCACUGAGCCGCACAUCGAUCCGAAUCCUCCGAGUCGAGUUCCUCCCCGCGCUUCUCUCCAACUACCCUCACCUCUCCUCCCUCGACCUCUCCGUCUGCCCCAAACUCGACGACGACGCCGUUCUGCGCCUAGCGUCAUACGGCGCCGUUUCGAUAAAGUCGCUGAACCUGAGCCGCGCCACCGCGCUCCGAGCCAGGGGGCUGGAGACGCUGGCUCGCUUGUGCCGAGGCCUCGAGCGAGUCGACGUGUCUCACUGCUGGGGGUUCGGAGACAGGGAAGCGGCGGCGCUCUCCGUCGCGGCGGGGCUGAGGGAGGUGAGGAUGGACAAGUGCUUGAGCCUAAGCGACGUCGGAUUGGCGAGGAUCGUCCUCGGGUGUAGUAAUCUGAGCAAGAUUAGUUUGAAGUGGUGUAUGGAGAUCUCUGAUCUAGGGAUCGAUCUUCUCUGUAAGAAAUGCAAAGACUUGAAGUCUCUCGACGUCUCUUAUCUUAAGAUCACGAAUGAGUCGAUCCGGUCCAUAGCUUUACUGCCAAAGCUCGAGGUUUUAGAGAUGGUGAACUGUCCGUUGGUAGAUGAUGAUGGGUUACAGUAUCUUGAGAAUGGUUGUCCUUCGUUACAGGAGAUUGAUGUCACAAGGUGUGAGCGUGUGAGUUUGUCUGGCGUUGUCUCCAUUGUCAGAGGCCAUCCUGAUCUUCAACACCUGAAAGCCAGUCACUGUGUAUCAGAAGUAUCUCUGAGCUUCUUACAUAACAUCAAAGCUUUGAAGCAUCUCAAGACUCUAUGGAUCGAUGGAGCUCGUGUCUCUGACUCCUCUCUCUUAACCCUAAGCUCUAGCUGUAGAUCCUUAACAGAUAUCGGAGUGAGCAAAUGUGUGGGUGUGACGGAUAUUGGAGUGGUGGGACUAGCACGCAACUGCAUAAACCUGAAAACCCUAAACCUAGCGUGCUGCGGGUUUGUGACUGAUGCAGCCAUCUCUGCGGUAGCUCAGUCUUGCCGCAAUCUGGAGACUCUUAAGUUAGAGUCUUGUCAUAUGAUAACCGAGAAAGGUCUUCAAUCACUCGGAUGUUACUCCAAGCAUCUUCAAGAACUCGAUCUUACCGACUGUUAUGGCGUCAAUGACAGAGGGCUAGAAUAUAUCUCAAAGUGUUCGAAUCUUCUAAGGUUGAAACUUGGCCUCUGCACAAAUAUCUCAGACAAAGGGAUGUUUCAUAUCGGUUCCAAAUGUUCCAAGCUUCUAGAACUUGAUCUAUACCGCUGUGGUGGUUUUGGAGAUGACGGUUUAGCAGCUAUAUCCCGAGGUUGCAAGAGCUUGAACCGGCUCAUUAUAUCGUACUGUGGUGAGCUAACAGACACAGGGGUUGAACAAAUCCGCCAGCUUGAACAUCUAAGCCAUCUUGAACUUCGAGGGCUAAAGAAUAUAACCGGUGCUGGUCUAGCUGCAGUUGCGUGCGGCUGCAAGAAAUUGGAUUACUUGGACCUCAAGAAGUGCGAGAAUAUAGAUGACUCAGGCUUCUGGGCGCUUGCUUACUUUGCAAGAAACCUAAGACAGAUAAACUUGUGCUAUUGCUCGGUUUCUGAUACGGCUCUAUGCAUGUUAAUGAGCAAUCUAAGUCGGGUUCAAGACGUUGACUUAGUCAACCUGAACCGUGUGACAGUGGAAGGGUCUGAGUUUGCUCUAAGAGCCUGUUGCAAUAGGCUCAAGAAGCUUAAACUUUUCGCUCCUCUCAGAUUCUUGCUCUCAUCUGAAUUGCUUGAGAUGCUUCAUGCUCGUGGUUGCCGCAUUAGAUGGGACUGAAAGACGAAACUUUCUUCAAUGGAACUUUACUAGUAACACUUUAACGUGUUCAUAUGUCUACUUGUUGUAUCUAUAAAAAAUUCGACUAUGUUUUUAAAUUCGGUUUACCAAUUAUAUGUCUACCGCUUUGGUAUUA